AUAAGAAAAGAAAUGAUGAAAAAAAACAAAAUGGCACCCCCAUUUUUCACCUUCCUCUUAUCCUUUCUGUCCCGUUUCCGUACCAUUUGCAUGUGAACGCUUUCUUGUGUGCUUCUCUCAUUCUUGAACACACUUUUUCCACUUUCUUCAAGUCUGGGUUUUGCCCAAACCCGAUAUUGCAACACAAAAUGACUAAAUCUGGAAAUCUGAUUGAUAAAAUGGAAAGAGAACAACUUCAGAGAAGUUAAAAAAGUAGAACCCAAAGGACAAAAGAACGUCCGUCGUACGUUGUUCUUGGUUUGCUAUGUUUGCUUUCGCAUAAAGUCGUCUUCAAAGUUUUCCAGUUUCCUGAAGUGCUCAUGGAACUUGUUCUCAGCCACUGGGUCUUCGCAUUUUGGCUCUCUUGUUGGUUCUUCGUCUCCCCAACUUAUUCAGUGGAAGGGUUACCGAACGAUUCGAAGGUUCGAGGAGUGAAUUUGGGAGGGUGGCUUGUCAUCGAAGGCUGGAUUAAGCCUUCGCUGUUCGAUGGAAUUCCAAACGGAGACAUGCUUGAUGGCACUCAGAUUCAGCUCAAAUCAGUGACAUUGCAGAAAUAUGUGAGUGCUGAAAAUGGCGGUGGCUCCAAUGUUUCAGUCGACAGAGAUUCUGCUUCUUCUUGGGAAACCUUCACGCUAUGGAGAGUUUCGGAGUCAGAGUUUAACUUCCGGACAACUCAUGGCCAGUUUCUCACCUGCGGCAGUGCAGGCUGUUCUGUCUUUGCCACUGCAGAUACUCCGCACAUAAACGAGACCUUUCAAGUAGAGAGAAAUAACAAUGGCAGAGUUCAUAUCAAACUGAAGACCAAUGGGGCCUAUCUGCAAGCCACCACAGGUAAUCAGAUCACUGCAGACUAUCCACAGACACCGGGAUGGGAUGACAACUCAGCCACGUUUGAAAUGGCGAUUAUAGCCAAUAACUUGCACGGAGAUUACCAGCUUGCUAAUGGGUAUGGAUACAACAAGGCGAAAGAGGUUUUCGAGAGGCAUAGGAACACAUUCGUCACGGUAGAGGACUUUGAGUUUCUGUAUAGACACGGAAUAAACACUGUGAGGAUUCCUGUGGGAUGGUGGAUUGCUUCUGAUCCCGACCCUCCAUCUCCGUUCAUUGGAGGAUCCUUAGAAGCGUUAGACAAUGCUUUCUCAUGGGCAGAGUCAUAUGAGAUUAAGUGCAUAAUAGAUCUUCACGCGGCUCCCGGGUCACAAAACGGGAUGGAACACAGUUCCAGCAGAGAUGGAACAACAGGUUGGCCUACAAAUUCAGACUAUAUCUCACAGACAUUGGACGUUAUAGACUUUCUUGCUUCCAGGUACUCAAAGCAUCCAGCUUUGCUCGGGAUCGAGCUUUUGAACGAGCCAUCAGAAGUUUCUGUCCCUCUAGACCUGUUGGUUUCGUAUUACAAACGGGGUUACGACAUAGUGAGAAAACACUCGGCAUCUGCGUUCGUUAUCUUAUGCCAGAGAAUAGGAAAUGCCGAUCCAAUGGAGCUUUAUCAGGCAAACAUAGGAUCCCACAACAUUGUUGUGGAUUUGCAUUACUACAAUCUCUUCGACACAUUCUUUUCCAAUCUGAAUGCAUCGGAUAAUAUCCAGUACAUAUACAAAUCCAGGCAGGCUCAGGUUCAAGCCCUCAGUAGCGCCAACGGCCCUCUCCUCUUUAUUGGCGAAUGGGUGAAUGAAUGGGACUUGAUGAACGGGUCACGGUUAGAGUAUCAAGAAUUCGGGAAGGCCCAGCUCGAAGUUUACAAUGCUGCUUCGUUUGGAUGGGCAUAUUGGACGAUCAAGAACGAUAGGAAACACUGGGAUUUUGAGUGGAACAUCAAGAACGGAUAUCUCCAGCUCGGCUACUCGCUUAGAGUCGAAGGUUUUAGCCUUUUCAGGUUUCUCGGACUGAUAUUAUCCACUUUUCAUCUUCUCUUGCUGUGAUGAUCACAAGCUCUAUUGAAGAUUCAAUUUUUUUUUUCACCAUUUGUUCUUCCGGUAAGUCUGAAAUUUUAUUUUUGGCAUCUGAAUCUGAAAAUGGAAAUGAAAA